AUGCUCAAUGCAUUAUCAAUACUUUUACCAAAUUCACUUUCAUCAUCAAAUAUUUAUUUAAAACCAAAAAAAGGACCAACAAAUUCAAGAACAUCAACAAUUGUUUCAUCAUUUUCAAUAUCAACAACAACAAUUGAAAAUCAAAUAAAUAAGAAUUUUAUUGGAACAUCAUCAUGAUUUGCUAUGCGUCAUCGAAAAAUAAUUUAUAUGCCAAAACGUCUAUUACAAUUAUGUUCAUAUUAUUCAUGGUGGAUAGAUGAUAAACAACAAUCAUUGUUUAUAAAUCUUCUUGAUUUAUCUUAA